GUGGCAUUUUAGGGAUUUAAUUUGAACUUAAAUUAAGUCUCCGUGUUUACGAGUCAUCGUGAAACAUUGCCGCCAAAACGUUUCUCACAAGUGUGCAAAAUUCACAGACUGCAAGUAACUGAAAAGAGACGAAGAAUGACAGAAGGAAGAAAGGGAUAAAUAUGGAAAACUGUAAAUAUUUUCAUGAGUAAAAAAAUAACGACCUUCUCGUCAAUGGCAUCGCUGUGGUCAAAAAUCUCUCCAGUACUGCCGGCUAAUGAAGACCAGUUUCCACUGAAAUUCAGUGACAAAGUGGAACUGAGUGUGGUGGAAAUGCUGCAACGGUCCAGGAAGCAGCUGUACGGCGACAUCACAAGUUCCAGCCGAUUGCUUAAUGCUCAGAUUAUUUUGGACAUUUCAUGGGAGAAGCUCAACACCGGAACGUGGCGGCAUGUGGACAAGGACUGGAGGCGCGUUUACUCGUAUGGCUGCCUUUUCAAAGUGGCGGCACUGUGUUGUGAAAGUCCGUCCGAAGACAAGAUCCUGGAGGCUGUUAGGACUUGCGACAUGGGUCUAAUCAUGGGCGCGGCCAUCAUGGGUGAUAUACUUCAGGUUAUUGUUCGGAUUCUGCAAAGUCACAUAAGGACAUUGAACUCUACUAAAGAAGAGGAUGAGAGUGAACAUGCUGAGGUCAAGAGAAUAAAGAUUGAGAGCCCGCUUGUCUCUGCAAUCAAAGAAGAGUCGGCGGUUCCCAGGAUAAGGUGUCCUUCACUGGAAAGUUUCAAAACAAACUACCUGCUCCCCCUCAAACCGGUGAUUUUAGAAGGAAUCAUCGACCAUUGGCCUGCUUUCAACAAACACCCCUGGAGCAUAGAAUACCUGAGGUCUGUGGCCGGCUGCCGGACUGUUCCUGUUGAGGUGGGAUCCAGGUACACUGAUGAGGAUUGGUCACAAACGCUGCUCACGGUCAAUGAAUUCAUUGAUAGAUAUAUUUUGAAUAAAGAUGGAGUGAAAGCUUUGGGUUAUUUGGCUCAGCACCAGCUUUUUGACCAGAUACCAGAGCUCAAGGAUGAUAUCCGCCUCCCUGAUUAUUGCUGUCUUGGUGAAGGCGACGAAGAGGAUAUUACUGUGAAUGCGUGGUUCGGUCCCGGGGGUACAGUCUCUCCUCUUCACCAAGAUCCUCAACAGAACUUUCUGGCGCAGGUAGUGGGAAGCAAAUACAUUCGCCUAUAUUCCCCCGAGGACACAGGCAAGCUGUACCCUCAUCAAUCACAGCUGCUUCACAAUACCAGUCAGGUGCAGGUGGAAAAUCCAGAUGCCGAGCGCUUCCCGGAGUUUGCCAAAGCUCCGUAUCUCGAAUGCGUGUUACAGCCUGGAGACGUUCUUUUCAUCCCUGUCCGACACUGGCACUACGUCCGCUCCUUAGAGCUCAGCUUUUCUGUCAGCUUCUGGUGGUCGUGAUUGCAGUUUCCAAAUAAAAAACCACAUAGCAUGUGUGUAA